GACUCCGGUGAUUACUGAUAAUUGGCAAGCACAUGUUGCAAAAUUAAACAAAUGUAUUCGACGGGACCUAUUGAAACAAUCUUUGGUUUCAUAUUUUUUGUAACUUUUAAAAUAAAAUAUACUAUUGACGAUAGUAAUUAUCAGCAGAAUAUGUUACACUGGAUAACGAAACAUGACAAAUAAUAGCGGAAAUCACAUAAAAUAACGACGGUGAACACGCGCUCUAUUAAUCCCGUCGCCACUCGAUCCGAGCAGGUUUUGCGACGCGUUAUCUCGUGAGUAUGAACACGGUGGAUCAUCAAAGCGCACUAUGCACAAACGGUCCGUCAUCCGUCGUACGCGUUGUCCCGCCGGUGUUGAAAUCGGUGAAAACAUUCAAUUUCCAUUUUUUAACUCUCCUCUUCUACGCGCGACAUAAGUCUUCGAUCGUUUGCGUACGCACGCUUACGCUUUUCGCACGAAAGGUUGGCGAUAAUUAGUUCCGUAUACAGUGUUGAUACAUAGUUCCAGAUGACGGGCCCGUCUGGACGGUCGCCGUCGCUGUUGGCACAUCUACUUCUACUUCUACCGGUGAUGACCAGCAGCACGAUUACCACGGACGCGUGUCCGAUGAUCGUAUGCGAGCCGGCACCCGAAGAGUUCCGCCUGAAGGACGACAUUUUGUUGGCCGGUGAACCCGAACGACAAUACCGGCCGUCGCAGUACCGUCGUCGUACCGACGGUUCCGGUUACGAGGUAUGCCUGCAGAAACCGUGCUUGUUCAAGUGCUGUUCGUCAAAAAAAAUAUUAAACGCCGAUUAUGAAUGUGUGUUAUACAACAACAACACGCACGAGGAAUUCGUGGUUCCAAAGUUUGUAAAUGAAAGUGGGCCGGUUGAAGUAUACGAGUUGGACCAAUUUCACUUAUUUUAUACGAAAAUGUAUUGUAAUAAUAAUGAUUCAAUAUAUAUACUAAAACCAUCAAAUAUAAGUGACGCAGAUAAUUUUGGUAUUUCUGAAGAUGGAUGGUUACUAAACCAUUUAAAAUCUAAAUCUGCUGCGCCUGGUCAAUUUUGCAUAGAUCAACUCUUCGAAAAUGAAUUUCAAAUUAUAGCUAUUGCGUGUGAAAUCUCACCACCAACCGGAUUAUGUAUAAAUCAUAUUGUGGCACUGAUAGUUUCUGUACCGUGUUUAUUAGUAACGUUCAUAAUGUACGCAUUUUUUAAAAAGUUACGUAAUUUGCAUGGAAAAUCCUUAAUGUGUCAUAUAGCAGCACUUUUAGUAGCCUACACAAGUUUAAUCAUAAUUCAAUUUAUAUACAAUCAAAUUGAAAAUAAUGUUUGUAUUUUAAUCGGGUUUAUUAUUCAGUUCUCUUUUUUGGCAAGUUUCUUCUGGUUAAAUGUAAUGUGUUUUGAUUUAUGGUGGACUUUCAGUGGAUUUCGACCAUUAAAAGGAAAUUUAAAACAACAUGAAUCAAAAAAGUUCAAAAUGUAUUCCAUUUAUGCUUGGGGUUGUACUUCUUUAAUUUCAGCUUUCACAUAUUACAUGCAAAUUGUUUACAGCUCAUCACAAUUUUCUCCAGGAUUUGGAAUAAGUCGUUGUUGGUUUGAAACAAAGUUGUCCACAUUUAUAUAUUUUUAUGGUCCUGUUACUAUUCUAUCAUCUAGUGAUAUACUGAUGUUUAUACACACUGCGGUGUUGAUUUCAAAACGGAUACAAGAUACUAAAAUAAUCAACCAUCCCGAUUGCAAGAGAAAGAUUGAUCAUGAAAAACAAAGAUUCGUGUUAUAUUUGAAAUUAUUCAUUGUAAUGGGUAUAAAUUGGAUGGCUGAAAUUUUGUCUUGGGCAUUUGAGGAAAAUGAUUUUGGUUUUAAUAUAUUAUGGAACAUCACAGAUUUCGGAAAUGCAUUGCAAGGAGUGUUGAUUUUUGUAAUAUUUGUAUGCAAAAAACGCGUCUUAAGAUUGUUAAGCGAAAAGCUUUGUCCACGUAUGAAUCUUUUCAAGAAGUCUACUACAUCAUCAACUAGAAAUCGCUAUAGUAGUACAAUAUCUAAAACUACCACUGUAUCUUGAAUUCAUGUAAGAAUACAACUGAAAUAAUUUUUCAGAAAAUGAUAGUACCUAGUACCCUAUGUUUUAUAUAGUACGAAUUUUAAGUUUAUUAACUGUGAUUUAUAAAAUAGUUUAUAUAGUUUGUAAAAAGUAUCGUAAUUUAUGAAUAAUUUUUAUCUUGUAAGGACGUGGAUGUUAUUACAAAACUCUAAGAUAUAUAGUUUUAGUAAAAUAGUUAUACAAUAUCAAAAA